ACGCGACGAGAGGCAAGGCGACGCAGCGACGACUAAUUGGGAUAGUCCCCGUCCCGGCCCGGCCCGACCCGGCCGUGCGCCGUUUUUGUUCGGGUCAGUGUCGUUUGGGUCUUUGCCAGCGUCGUCUGGCCUGCCUGGCCUGGGGAGAACUGAGAACGGAACACGGAGAACCAUGUCGCCGCCGCGCAAGCUGAGCCGCUACCUGAUGGCCGUACGCGGACGUGGCCAGAACCAGGAGACGGAGUACAGCAAAACUGCACAAAGCGACGAGGAGAAGCAGCGCGAUCGACAGCGCAACGAGCGCGAGGCCAAAAAGGAAGAGCAGGACGCCAUCAACUACAAGCGCGACAAGGACCAACGGGAGGCACGCUUGCUGGACUUUGAGAUACGGCGUCAGCAGAAGCGCGAGGAGCAGAACCAGCAGCGCCAGCAGCAGCAGCAGCAGCACCAACACCAGCAGCAGCACCAACACCACCAGCAGCAGAAGGAGCAGCAGCAGAAGGAGCUCAAAGAGCAGUCGUCAUCGUCCUCGUCGCACCACCAUCCGCCCAGCGAAAAGAGUCCACCAACAGCCUCCACAUCCCAGCAGCAGCAGCGCCAGAAAUUGCAACUGAAUCAGCAACAGUCGACGCAGCAGCAGCAGCAGCAGCAGCAACAGCAGCAGCAAGCCACCGCCAGUGGGAGUGGGAGCAGCAACACCCCCGUGACGCCAAAGCUACAGACUCCGCCACCGGAUCGCUGUAUACCGCCGGCAUUCCGUAGCCGAUCCAUCGAGCGAGAGAUCCAUUACGAGCGCAAGCGUUACUCCACUCCGGAAUCGGCAGAGAUCAAGGAGCUUGACAGCACAGCAUCAUCAUCGUCCAUACAGCAGAACUUUGCAGCAGGCGUCAGCGGGGGCGCAGGAGCAGCAGGCAGAAGAGCGUCUGCGUCAACGUCAACGGUAGCCGCAGCGGUAACGGGUCAAACGACGACAUUGGCGGGGCCGCCGGCAACAGCUGCAGCUGCCACAGCUGCCAUCAUUCCCAUCUUGCCGCUCGGCGUUGCCACGCUGCGCGAUGAUUCCACCGAGUCCGAGCAGUCCGUGACGUGCGCACAGAACCAGCUGGAUGCCUACCAUCGCAUCAUGUGCCGGGCUCCAAUCGCGUCACUUGACUGUAUGGAGGAGUUCAGUGGUACGGGCGGUCAUCUUGAUUUCGGCCGCUCGAUAAGUCUCGGCUCGAACCCGGCCUUGCCGCUGCGCCACGGCUCGACACCGACGCCGGGACUGCGGUACAAGAAUCUGGGCAAGAGCGGCCUGAGGAUCUCCAAUGUGGGCCUGGGCACCUGGCCCGUCUUCUCGCCGGGCGUCAGCGACGAGCAGGCGGAGGCCAUCCUCAAGCUGGCCAUCGAGAGCGGCAUCAAUCUGUUUGACAUCUCGGAGGCCCACUCCGAGACGGAGAUCGGUAAGAUACUGCAGCGCGCGGGCUGGAAGCGUACCGCCUAUGUCAUCACCACGAAGGUCUACUGGAGCACCAAGUCCGAGGAGCGGGGCCUCUCGCGCAAACACAUCAUCGAGUGCGUGCGGGCCAGUCUGCAGCGCCUGCAGCUGCAGUACAUCGACAUUGUCAUCAUCCACAAGGCGGAUCCUAUGUGCCCCAUGGAGGUGGUUCGUGCCAUGAGCUAUGUGAUACAGCAGGGUUGGGCUAUGUACUGGGGGACGGCACGAUGGAGCCAGGUGGAGAUCAUGGAGGCCUACACCAACUGCCGGCAGUUCAACUGCAUCACUCCGAUCGUGGAACAGUCCGAGUACCACAUGUUCUGUCGCGAGAAGUGCGAGCUCUAUCUGCCCGAGAUGUACAACAAGAUCGGGGUGGGCCUCAUGGCCUGGGGUCCCUUGUCGAUGGCCCUGAGCGACACCCAGAACGGGGACAAGAUCUUUCUGCCCAAGGGCUCGUUCAAGACGAAGAGUUUCUCUUGGACCGAAGACGAGAUCAAUCGGAAUGCCGCUCUCUCGCCGCAAGGCAGCUGGGGCAAGGACCGUAUCGAGGAGGGGCGUCGCCACUGCGAUCGACUGCGCGACCUGGCCGCCCUGGCCGAGAAGCUGGGCUGCAGUCCCACGCAGCUUUCGAUCGCCUGGUCGCUCAAGCACGAGCCCGUCCAGUGCCUUCUGCUGGGCGCCACCUCUGCCGAGCAGCUGCACCAGUCUCUGCAGUCCCUGCAGCUACUGCCGCGCCUGUCAUCGAGCGUAAUGCUGGAAUUGGAGCGGAUAUUGGAGAAUAAACCGGUAAGGCCGCCAAUGAUAUCGACGCUGGCGCUUCGGUGACAAUCAGCCUGCCCGCAGGGGCCGC